CAGUUGGGCAUUUUUAAACAUACACAUACAUAUAUAAGAAAUGGUUGUCCGCAUUCGUCUCGCCCGUCAUGGUCGCCGUAACUUGCCUUUUUAUCAUAUUGUUGUAGCCAACGCACGUACAGGCCGCAACGCCAAGCCUAUUGAAAAGAUCGGUACAUACAACCCCGUUGCUGAUGAAUCCGGAAACAAAAUGAUCAAUUUAGAUUUCCAACGUGCAAAGUAUUGGUUAACCGUUGGUGCUCAACCCUCAGAAACCGUCGAAAAGUUACUUGUUAAAGCCGAUUUAAUGCCUCAAGCACCUAAGCCCUGGAUGGAAGAAGCAGCAAAGAAAUUCAAGGAAUUGUAAAAAUAAAACACAGAGAAUAAAACGAAUUUUUAGAAGACAUUCAAUAGUACAAUACCACCAGCUUUAGAAUUUUGACAGCCUCUCCCCUCUCAUCCACCAAAUCUGUAAUUUAUAUAAUUCCUCCUCUCCCCCUUUUUUCUCUCUCGAAGCCGGGUGAAAGAAUAAAAAAAGUGAAACCAAGUAGUCUGUGA